GGCACCGUUGCCACAAAAUCCUCAGUCAGAAGUCAAAUCUUCUCCAACCUUCAACAAACAUUGCAAACAUGAACAAGUUCAUUCUGAUUGCGGGUCUGUGCUUGACCAUCAGCAGCUUGGCUUGUUCCUCAAAACUGGUGUGUUACGUCACCAGCUGGUCCGUCUACCGACAGACGCUGGGAAGAUUCACCACUUCGAACAUCGAUCCAAACCUGUGCACCCAUCUGAUCUUUGCCUUCGCCGACAUGAGUAACAAUCAGCUGGUGGCCAGAAACUCCGAUGACGAGAUAUACUUAAAUGAUUUAAGUCUGUUAAGAGAAAAAAAUCCUCACCUACCAGUCCUUGUGGCAAUUGGAGGCGCUGUGUUUGACAAUAAUAAAUUCAUCAACAUGGCAUCACACCCAGAAAGUAGAAAAACUUUCAUUGAGUCUACAAUUAAAUUCCUGAGAGAUAGAGACUUUAAUGGGAUCAACCUGGACUGGGAAUUUCCUCAAAGCGCACACAAAGACAUGUUUUCAAUACUGUGCCAGGAUUUGUACAAAGCCUUUGUUGCAGAGGCAACGCUAAAUGGCCUUCCCAGACUGCUGGUCACAGCUGCCGUGACUGCUUACAAACCAUACAUUGAUAACGGUUAUGAUGUUCCAUUCAUUUCCAUUUACCUGGAUUUCAUAAAUGUAAUGACAUUUGAUAUGCACGGUGUAUGGGACGGAGUCACAGGACAUCAUAGUCCUUUGUACAAGAGACCUGAGUACAAUGGAAAUUCUGCAUUCAAAAAUGCUGAAUAUGCAAUGACAUACUGGAGGGACAGCGGUGCACCUGCUGCAAAGCUCAUUAUGGGAUUUGCUGCAUAUGGACGAACAUUCACACUGUCCACUUCCAACAAUGACUUCGGAGCGCCAAUCAGUGGAGCAGGUCAGGCAGGCCCUUACACCAAGGCGCCAGGCUUCUGGGCCUACUAUGAGGUGUGUGACCAUCUUAAAACAGGGACUGUAAUGUGGUCUGAAGAACAGAAAGUUCCAUAUGGCAUAAAAGAAACUCAGUGGGUUGGAUACGAUGAUAAGAUGAGCAUUGAUUAUAAGGUGGACUUCAUAAAAGAAAAGAACUUUGGCGGAGGCUUUGUUUGGUCUCUGGACUUGGAUGAUUUCAACGGGGCCUUCUGUGAUUUGGGCAAAUAUCCCCUUGUCCAACAUCUGCAUAAUCUUCUAAUAGAGCCUUUGUCAACUACCAUGACCACCUGCACCACCACCUGCACCACCAUCACCCCCACCACCACCACCUCCACCACCACCACCCACACCUCCACCACUCCCACCUCCUCCAUCACCACCACCACCACUCCCACUCCCACUCCCACCACCACCACCACUCCCACUCCCACUCCCACUCCCACCACCACUCCCACUCCCACCACCACCACGACAACUUCUGAUGACAGCAAUUUCUGCGAUGGAAAGAAAAAUGGACAAUAUGCCAUUCCCGGUUCUCCAGGUUCUUACUACAACUGUGGGGAUGAGAUCACUCACAUUCAACAUUGCUUUACCAACUUAAUCUUCUCAGAGUCCUGCCACUGCUGUACCUGGCCAUAAGCAGGUGUGCACCAUCAUAACUACCCAUAUAUACACAAAGGGUGAAUGAUACAAAGAUGUGUAUACACCUCACAUCUGUACUGCCAAAUUAUUAUCGUUUUCUUGUUAUGGGAUGAAGUACAGGUAGACGAAUAUUUACAAAUUUACUUUAAUGCUUACUUUUCUUUUUUUAAUAGAGCAUACAUUUCUGUCAUGACCUCUGCCUCCAGGACCCCAGGUCCUGGAUGAUAUUAAGUUCAAAUUUAUUAUUGAGAGAGUUUGUUUACUUUGUUGUCUCUUUUCAUGGUAUUCGGGGUUUUUAGUUCUUUGUUCAUUGUUCCUGACUUUCCUUGUAUUUUCUCAAUUCCUAUUUUAUAACAGUGUCUCUAAAGAUUUAGAUUUGGGUCGUCGGGACUAUGUGGGCAAAUUGGAAAGUUCCUUACUGGUUAUUUCACUAAACAAGCAUGCAAAAUAAAAAGUGGGAAAAAAGGGA